AGGAACCUCCAGCUUUGAGGAGCCAGUCAAUCAGGAGCACGCACAGCUAGAGAGGGGUGGGAAAGCAGGAGAGAACACACUGACACUGGCCACUGAGGAUGCACCGGCAGGCAAGAAAUACUCCCCAUGACCACAGCUAGGUUGGUGACAGGAUGGAUGGAGUGACAGACCUGCCUGAGCCAUGAAAACAGGAGCCGACAUGAAGAUUGCUGGGAAGACUGUGUGUGUUUUUGUGCUGCUCGCCAUCACCAAGGUCACGAGAACAGUAGGAAACAACAGAGUGUCAGUGACAGUAGGUAAAAGCUCUGUGCUCGCCUGCCCUCCCAAAUCAAAUAUGACUAUGGUAACAUGGAAAAUAAGCCCCAAGGCUGGAGGGCCCUGCACCUUGGGAUACAGGGCUGAUCAGAACAAGACAGACAGAACAAACUGCAGUGACAGCAUGAACUGGAAAUCCAGGCCAGAUUGGGAUCCUGCUCUUGAGAUACGACAAGUGGGAAUAGCCUUUGAGGGCAAUUACACCUGCGAAGUCGUAGCCACAGAAGGGAAUUUCCACAAGAUGUACCACCUCACCGUGCUAGUCCCCCCCAGGCUGACCGUGUACUGCGACAACCACGGGAACCCCGUGUGCAAGGCAGCGGCAGGGAAGCCGCCUGCUCGGGUCUCGUGGGUCCUAGAGAGCAACUCCACCCCCGAGGAAGAAGGCCAUGACAACGGGACAGUGACUGUUCUCAGGAAGUUCACAGCAUACAGCACCAACAUGACUAAUACAACCUGCAUCGUGUCCCACCCAGCUGGGACGUGGAGCAAGUCCAUAGCCUGUCACCUCUCAGGGAACAAUGCCAUUUUCAAGUAUGCCUUCAUCAUUCUUUGUUUCCUGAGCGUUAUCACCUUCACGGCUGUCAUUUACUAUUUUAAGCUCCACAGAGACAGAUUGUGCCACAGAACCAAACCUCCUGAGAUUGCUCCUACACAUUCCCCACAGGAUGACACAAUGGAAGUGGAGCCUUAUACUACAUAUGUGCAAAAGGAAAACGUAAUUUACAACUCGGUGUCUGACCUGACAGUGGGGCAGAAUCUUCCACAAGGACUGUCGCCAGCAACAUGAAUGAUUAUACAACACUGGAAAGGGAUUGAGACACUUUAUAAAAGACUGGUUAUAGAAAGAAACUUAGAGGAUUUCUUGAGAUUUUGGGCCAACAUAACUCACUAGGUCUGUUCAAAUACCUGUGCUUGCUGAUGAGUCUGUAUAGUUCAUUUUUUCCCUGUUUUGCCUUCUUGCUUGGGAAAGGAAACCAGUUUCCUGUUAUUCCUUGGGAAAAUGUGACUGGCCCCAUGCCAUAGUUUUUCCUGGAAAAGCUGUUGUGAUCAGUCUUCCCUUUGUUGUUCUUGCCUUGGAGAUCCUAGUUUUGUCAGUCACUUCUACGUAUUACUUUGAUGCACUUGACACUAUGUUGCACACAUUUGGGAGAUGGGAGGAGUGUUAUGCCCAAACUAAAACGAAACACUCUUCGGCCAACAGCCACUUUUUUCUAAUUCACAAAUUAUUAACAUAUUGGCCCGAGUACUGAUUAUCACAGAAUAACUCAAAUGGCAGAAUAUAUUCAUAGGGAAGAUCUUUAAUCCUCCAGUUCUGAAAAUGGAAAUGAGUGACAAAUAUAGAAGGUCAUCCACUAAGAAAGAUACUUCAUUAGCAUGAUUAAUUACUUGCUAGGUUCAUAUUCAAUAUUUCCACUGCAUGUGUUAUUUCAGGAUUUCAGAUUAUUGUUAUUAUUACUUUUCCAUAAGAUUCUCUGAAGAUACAGUAUUCCUCUCUUCCUUAAGAGUAUUGGCAUUAAGAUACUGCAAAAGGAUUAUGUUACUCAAAUCCGGUAAGCUACUUUUAACAGAAAGAAACAUCAAAUAUUUCACAAAACAAGUUCAAAUAUGUUUUCUAUAACUGUGCAAUAACAUACAAAAAGGAUAAAAUGCUUGCUGAUUCUAGUCAUAUUUAUUUUAACUGUCACAGCUGAAGAUUUUAUCAUUCAUAUGUCUAGAUGUUUUACUGAUAUUCUUUUAAAUAUACUUGCAAGUUCACUCUUUUGUAUGUAAAUUAGCUUGUAUAUCUUAAUGUGUCUCAUGUUGAGAUGAUGACCUCUCACCUUCCCAAAAUAUCCUUCAGGAAUAAGUCAAAUACUUUGUCCUCUGUAUACUAGCAGUUCUCAAACUUUUUGGAUUGGUGCCUUACUAGCUAAAGUAUGAAUUGGUUUUACAGUAAGAGUAAAGAAAUCCAUUUGUAAACCUCUGUUUACUACCUCUUAUUGCAGUAAUUUAAAAGACUGAUUGUGUACUUGGCCUGAUGGUAUGAUCAGAAGAACCAGAAUUUUUUUUAGACCAUAGAACUCUCUUUGCUACACAUUGCUAGAGCUUUCUUUUGAGAUAGCCUCCGGAGGGCCAUGACCCAGUGCUUGGAAAACAGACUUCUAAAUUGACUGCAGUUUCUAAAUGUAUUACUUAUGUAAAUGGAUUCAUUUGGUUGUUUAUCCUCUACCAGCUAUGAAACAGGUGCUCUCUGUGUGCAAGUAUUGCCUUUCUCUGUUUCUGUACGUCAUUUUGGAAUGGAAGGGAUCAAAGCUGAAUAUCAAUCAGCUACAAACAGAAAGUUUUAAAGGAACCUCAGUUUCCAGUUACUUACAAAGGAAGAGAGCCAGUCAACUUGGUCAUAAUCUUCUGAAAUUCCCCACUUAAAAUAGGUGUAAUACUGGCCAAUGAUCUUUCUUGCCACCCAGAAACAGUGUCAUCACUUCUUAGACUUUUUUCUGUGGACUGGAAAUUCAUUUAUGUUGUUCAGUGUCCAUGAAGUGGGGUUCAUCCUAUGAUAAAACAGCUCUU